GGAAAUUCCCACGAACACCAGGGAUAGAGUGAUUUUGGACGACCGGUGCACGUUUGGUUACACAGAUCGCUUUUAAAGAUGUCGAUUGGAGUUCCCAUAAAAGUUCUUCAUGAAGCAGAGGGGCAUGUAGUCACUUGUGAAACCAACACUGGAGAGGUUUACAGAGGCAAACUGAUCGAAGCUGAAGACAACAUGAACUGCCAGAUGGCAAACAUUACGGUCACUCACAGGGAUGGCCGUGUAGCUCAGCUGGAGCAGGUGUAUAUUCGUGGAAGUAAAAUUAGGUUCCUCAUCUUGCCAGAUAUGCUCAAAAAUGCUCCGAUGUUAAAGAGUAUGAAGAACAAAAAUCAGGCAGCUGGUGCUGGUCGGGGAAAAGCAGCUAUUCUCAAAGCUCAAGUGGCUGCCAGAGGCCGUGGACGUGGAGGCCCGGGACGAGGCAAUAUAUUCCAGAAGAGACGCUAGAUUUAUGUUUAACCUUUUUUAUUUUUUUAUUUCUGAUGUUCGUUGUCAUGCUUGGGGAAAUAAAUCGGUGUUUUUACCAUUUUA